ACACUGACCAGCAGCCAACAGAACCGAAAGUGGUCUGAGAGAAAACAGGCCAGUCCAGUGUGCGGAGGGAGUUCAGAGGAGUAGCAGGUGUUCUCACACAGUUCCACCACAAACUGGGACAUUUAGGGAGUUAGAGGGGGUUUAAGAGAGCGUGAGGUCACGAGAGAGGGACAGCAGCGCGCGCGAGACCGAGAGAAGAAGGAAAAACGGAGAGAGAGAGAGAGAGAGAGAGAGCUGUAAUGCUAAAUUCGUUCACACAGGAUCACAGACGGCUCGGAUGAGGAAGACAGCGCUGCGGUGAACUUCACCUGCGCGGCGCGUUGUUGUGUGAGUCACGUGGAUGUUUGAUUGGCACCUGGCCGCCCCUGGCAGUGCCCGCUGCGGCGGUGAAGGUGAGAGGUCAAGGUGAGUCCGAACUCUUUUGAAAAUGGUGAACAUGGAGGCGAAUGAGAGUCCAGGAGCUGGGAAGAGCUCCAAACGCGCCAAGCGCAAAACCAAGCGCAACAAGGAGAACAAGCGCAGAGCGCGCAGACUCUUCAGGGGCAAGUCUUUCAAAUCCGUCAGCAGGUUCAUGAGCAGAGUGUUCAGAAGUCUGGGGGGCUUCGGGACGCAGUUCGGAGACGGGCAGAAAAAGCAGGAGGAGGGAGGAGAAGAAGAAGAGGAGGAGGAGGAGGAUGAGGACGAUGGAGGGUUUGGAGAAAGCGCAAGGCGCGCACUGGGACGCGCAAAUGAAAACGCGCUGAAACGGAGCAGCACGCGGUCCUGCCCCCCCGCGCUGAGCUGGGGGGGUGGCGAGAAGCCCCCCGGGGUGCAGGGGCUGAGGAAUCAUGGGAAUACGUGCUUCAUGAACGCUGUGGUGCAGUGCCUCAGCAACACGGACCUGCUGGCAGAACACCUGGGCCUGGGUCAGUACAAGAGCGAGCUGAGGGAGUGGCCAGGCAGCGGGGUCGCGAGGAGGGACGCGGGACAGCGGGGUCCGCGGGGUCAGGGGGAGGUCACGGAACAGCUGGCCCUGCUGGUCAGAGCGCUGUGGACUCACCAAUACACACCGCAACUAUCAGUGGACUUCAAGGGCAUUGUGUCCAAGCACAGCUCCCAGUUCAGAGGGAACUCCCAGCAUGAUGCUCUGGAGUUCCUCCUGUGGCUGCUGGACCGAGUUCAUGAGGACACCAACCCAGACACCUCCAACACCUCCAACAACACCAACAACAUCAACAACACCAAUAACUCCAUCGCGAACGGCUCCAGCAACAGCAGCAAGGCAAAAGAAACCAGCAAGGGUCCCGUAGAGUCUACGUCCGGUCCAGACCUGCAGCAGGCCAGAACCAGACACAGUUUCGUCCAGGAACACUUCCAGGCCCAGUACAGAUCGUCACUGACCUGUCCUCACUGCCUUAAACAGAGCAACACCUUCGACCCCUUUCUCUGUAUUUCCCUUCCCAUACCGCUCCGACAGACACGGGCAGUGAAUGUAACCCUGGUGUUCAACAGUAAGUCCCAGCGGUUUGUUCGGGUAGGUCUGGCCGUUCCUCUGCUUGGAUCAGUACGCGCGCUCCGAGCACUGCUUGCUCAGGAAGGAAACAUCAACACGGAGCAGGUGAUUUUGGUGGAACUGUACUCUGACGGCUUCCAGCGUUCGUUCUCUGAUGAUGACGACUUGACCAGCAUCUCUGACAGUGAUGUCAUCUACGCCUUUCAGGCCCCUCCCCCAUUCUCCAAAGGCAGCUCUUCACGAUACUCAGGGUUCCAUCACUCUCUCCCCUCCUCCCCGUACAUCACCGGGCCCGAAGGUCAAAGGUCACUGGCUUCUUGCACUUCAUCGUCUGAGUUUCUGAACCAAAGUGGAUCCUCCAAAAUCAUCCUGCUCAUCUGUAACACAGCGGGAAGCGGACAGCAGGCAGCCAGGUUUGGGCCUCCGUUCCUUGUGGUUGAGGAGCGGAGCGUGUCGUGGGCGGAGCUUCGGCAGACCAUUCUUAGCAAACUUUAUAACCUGAUGCUUAACAGCACACAAGCGCAGAAUGCGGGUGUGUUAUUCCGGAUCCGUGUGGUGGGCGGAUCCGCGUCCUGCAGUUAUCUCUCUCCUCAGGACAGCCGGCCUUUAUUACAUCCAGCAGUGGACAGAGCGUUAAAGCUGUGUGGUCCCGGAGGCCCCCCGCACAUGAAACUUGUCAUCGAGUGGGAAACAAAACUCAAAGAAUGUUUGUUUGGCAGUAUUCAGGAGGAGUGUGUGAAGGAUGCUGAAAGUGUUCGUGAGCAGCAGCAGAAUCACCUGCAGCAGCACAGCUGCACACUGGACGACUGUUUUCAGCUUUACACCAAAGAGGAGCAGUUGGCUCCAGACGAUGCGUGGAGGUGUCCUCACUGUAAGCAGCUGCAGCAGGGCAUGCUGAAGCUGAGCCUCUGGACUCUGCCGGACAUUCUCAUUCUGCACCUGAAGCGAUUCCGCCAGGUGGCUGACCGUAGGAACAAGCUCUCCACGUUGGUCAGAUUCCCCAUGAGUGGGCUGGACAUGGCGCCCCAUGUGGCGAAACGCAGUCACAGUGUGCGAAACCUCACCUCCUGGCCCCCGACAUGGACACACGGAGACUUGGACUUUCUGUAUGACCUCUAUGCUGUGUGUAACCACCACGGAGGGAUGCACGGUGGACACUACACAGCGUACUGUAGGAACUCAGUGGACGGUCAGUGGUACAGUUAUGAUGACAGCAGUGUGGAUCUGGUUCCGGAGGAGGAGCUCUGUACGAAGGGAGCGUACAUCCUGUUCUACCAGCGCAGGAACGCCAUCCCGCCAUGGUCCGCUAACAGCUCUGUCAGGGGUUCGACCAGUUCAUCUGUGUCAGAUCACUGGCUCAUCCGUCUGAAUGGAGACAGUAAGAGAGGCAGUAUGGUGUCCCGUGCGUCCACCGCUCUUCCCUCCAUCCCUGACCCACCUGACUCACCUGUCUUCCAGGAUGAAGCUCAGAAGGAUGAUCAGGUCUCAUUAGGAGGUUUUGAGAGGAGGCCGUUUAUCAGAGGGCUGCAGGGACGCAGUGUAAGCAUGAGAAGCCCCGCCAAACCAAAAGAGAACACGAGUAAGUUGUUUCCACUCAGAUGGUCCUUCGGCUCCAAAGAUAAACGCAAACCUGCCCCUGCCCCUACCGCCCCAGAUGGUUCUACUGCCCCAGGUGCCCCUUCUGGCCAAGACACUCCUACUGCCCCAACUGCCUCUACUACCCCGACUGCCUCUGCUGCCCCGACUGCCUCGAACGCUCCAGCCCAGCUAGUGGAGUACCUGGAGUCUGGUAGGAGACCUCGGAUCACCAUUGACCCCAUUGCUGCUUUGGUGAACUCAUCCUCCAAGAAGGAACCCCUAAGGUACCAAAAAGCUCCAGAAGGUCAAAAAGCUCCAGAGGGCCAAAAAACCCCAGAGGGUCAAAAAGGUCCCAACGACUCCCCACGGGUGGCUGAGGGACAGCAACGGCCAGAGUCCAAAACCGUGACAGGACAGAGAACUGGGCAGAAAGAGGAUGGUACCCUGAGCCGAAGGAGCACCAGGAGGUCCAAACAGGAUCAAGCAAAAUCCGAAAACCCCCAGAACCAGAGGAGCUCCAGCAUGGGCAUCCCAGGUGCAGGAGGGUCCCUCCUGAGGAAAAGCAGGACAACAACAGGAGACACGCUGCUGCUGGAAGAGUUGGAAAGCAGAAGAGGUGACGCCAGGCCUCAGGAUGGCAUCAUGGCCUUCCUGAAGGGCGGCUUCCUGAAGAGAGACCCACAACGAGGAUCUGGCCAGGAUGAACUGGUAGAGGAUGGCGGGCCUGGUGAAAGAAGCACUUCCCGACUUUCCCUGCCUUCCAGGAGUUAUGGCACGGCUUCAAGUGGGAUGACCAAUGGCUUCAGGACACAACUGGGAGACGAGGUGGCCAACGGCCGACCAGUUGAUAUCAAACGUUCACAAAGCUCCUCCAGCAUCCCUCGCAGGACCGGAGGGAACCUGCAGAGGGCAAUGUCUCUGCAGAGGAAUGGCAUGCCUGGGGUCCCGAGGAACUCCACUGGAGAGAAGAACCCACAUGGAACUCUGCAGAGAACACAAAACCGAUACAGCAGCAGCUCCACACUGGGCAGGAGGAGAGCCGUGCCUGAGUCCAGCUUCUAGGACAGGAACCAAACACAGGGACACCAAACAGAAUCAAAAGUUUUACAGGAGGUUGCUAGUUCAAAUCCCAGCGAUGCCUUGUUGACGGCCUUGUUUCUUUCUUCCACUGUUGUUAACUGCAGUGCUGGGCACUUUCUAGCAUUGCAUCUCCUUGGAGAUGUAUUAGAUGACGCGAGACUUGAACUAAAGGUACGUUUCUCAGACUACAACCCUGAUUAGUGGGCGAAGGACAGGUCUUCCUGCACCAGGA